CGUGGGAGUUAGUUCUGGUGAGGGCGCCAGGCAGCUCACUCACCGAAGUAACCCACCGUCCCAACCCUUCGAUCCUCCAUCCCUCGACCUUCGACCAACAAAGCAACCUCCACGGCCGCAACACCUCCUCUUACCACGAUUCCGUCGUCGCUUACCGUCGAAAUUCCUGCCGUGCAAGAGGCAAAACGGUGUUGUGAGCGGCUGAAUCUCUUAGUGUGAGCGCGUCGACGACGCGAGACGUUCGCGAGGGUGCAGCAGCGCGAAGAAGGGGCUGUCGCGCGACGAGCCGAGGUCGGAGAGUACGCAUCGUGGUAGAAGGAGUGAGAGAGAGGAAAAAAGAAAGCAAGACAGAUAGAGACAGACAGAAAGAGAAGGAGACAGAGGGAGAGAGAAGGGGAGAGAGAGAGAAAGAGAGAUUCAGUACAGUUCUCGUCGCUCAAUGGAACACCGGCGCGGCCGGUUGAGAUCGUCGGCGACGUCAGCACGGGAAGUCGGGCAACCGCGGGAAACAGCCUUUAACCUUUGAAAUACGCUGCGCGAUUAUAGUCGGAGACCAGACAUCAUCGUAGAAACGGAGUUGGAAGAAGAGAAAGAGAGAGAGGGGGCGAGAGAGAGGGAGGGCGGGAGGGAGGGAGGGAAGAGAGAGAAAGAGCGAGACAGAAGAAGAAAGAUAGAGAAAGCGGUAGUCAGAGGAACGAGUGUGUGUGGCAACUGCGGUAGAACAAUUCGUUAAAGCACCUGGAAGAAUCCUUCAACCUCAACAUCACAACUGACGGCUGGCCGAUCGUGCGUUCCCGGUACCCGGUAUAAUUCCAGACGCACGCACAAGCAUUACACACAUAUACACACACAACACACACUACACACUAUACACACAUACGCACAUACAGACACAUAUACAGGCACGCACGUACGCACGCAUCUACCUACCUACACCUACGGCGCGCGCGCGGGCGCGCGUUCUCUCUCUCUCUCGCUUUUUCUCUCUCUUUCUCUCUCUCUCUCUCUCUCUUUCUCUCUCUCUCCGGUAUCACGCCCAUAUGAACGGCCAUACGGAAGCGGAGCGUGGUGAGCGACGAAAAUGUCAGUGAAUGAAUCGCGCCCCGUCGUGUCUGACCGGACGACCUCCUCGUACAUGGCAUGAUUGCACGGGGUGCUGCGUCGGGUGCUGCAAGCGCAAUCUCUUCUCCGUGACGCGCGUCGUCUUUUGAGAGAACGGCGGAGUGAUGCGCGACGGGGAACAUCGCCGGUGGAGCAGCAGCAGCAGCAGCACCAGCAGUAACAUCGGCGAGAAACGGCGUCUGUAAAGGGUGGAGCAGUAAUAAAAAAGAAGCGCGACUGCGGCAGCGCGUGAGAGAGCGAAGGAUAUCACUCGUCACUACUUCCUACUCUACAAUACGCGUGAAACAAGAAAAGUUGUGUGAAGGGGUGCAUGUGAAGAGAUCAUCGGUGUAUAUAUCACGGUACCGUGGGAUCACACACGCGACGGAGAGAGAGAGAGAGGGAGACAGAGAGAAAAAAGACUGACUGAGAGACAGAGAAACGACAGAAAGGACGAAAGAAGAAAAAUUAAAACGAAGCCACGAGUUGAAGUAAAGGGAAAGAGAAAUAAGGAAGCCUGAGAGAGAAAGAGGGAAGGACGAAGAGAAAUUGAUAAAGUAAAAGAAAGUGUAUACAUGUGUGCGUUGUGAGAGAGAAAGAGAGGGAGAGGGAAAGAUAGAGAGGAAAAGAGAAGUAAAGUCGAAGAUCGUCAUCACGGAACGACGCGACGCUGAGGGUCGAGGGAGAGGUCGAGACGGGAGAUUGGAGGAAAGCUCGGAGGAAAAAGGCACGGCUGACGCGACGGCGAGAAAUCAAGAAGCAAGUAUUUUCACGUAAUGCCCCGCGUAACUAACUACACUGCACCUCCUCUAUCGAUGAACCUCCUCGCAUAUCUCUGUCUGUACUCCAGGCGUCUCUCGCCUUCGUGACAUCCUCACUAUUAUAUAUGUAAAUGCAUAUAUCGAUGUACCUUCUUCUCUGCCUUUGUUCUGACCCCUGUGUACUCUCUGUCGCAAUAUACUCGCUCGUGUACCGCCUUUUCGCGUUUUCGCACUUCGACUACGCGCACCGCUCCUGUCACGGCAGCAAGCCUUGCUUUUUCAACGUUUUUCGGGGCACCUGUUGAUACGACCGACCUACAUACCACACUCUAUCCACAUUAUGUCACCCCGUUCGUCGUUCGACCGAGUCAUCAGGGCCGGUAUUCAGGAGAUCGUCGUGCACGACGUGUCCGUUGUUAGUUCCGUUCGCGCGAAUUAUGUCGACGACAAGAGGUCGAAUGGUCUCGAGGACACGUGGCGGAGACGUUCUCGGGAGAUCGCACAGAGCGGAUCCUUGCAAGCCGAGACUCAAGUAUCGAAACGAAAUUAUUUUGUUCUUCGUUUCAUCGUCCUUUGAAACAAUCGACCAUCGCGCAAUCUGUUAUCCGAUGUGAAAUCGCGCGACGAUGACGAUUUUUCAAUUGUAUUCAAUUGUAUCGAAUAACAUUUGAAUAAUCGCUACAAACAAAAUCAUAGACGCGGGUCAGUAUGUUACAUCCAAUAUUGAGUCUCGGUAAUUGAGCGCGGCCAUUAUGCGAUUGCAAACACUUGCCGCGCUCGUAGAAAUUUCGCAUUGCUCGGCUGCUCGCGUUCGAACUCGUUUCAUAGGUUCCGAUUAACUGAAUGAAACCUCAGGAAAUGAGAGUUGUAUGCUUGAUCUUAACAUGAUUUGAACACUUUAUUUAUAAAAAGUAAAAUAGGGGCAUGCACGACCUCACUCAAUUUCAAUGACCUUGCAAUAUGCUGUCAAGAGAGAGAUAUUAUAUAACCUAAAUAACCUUUAAGAAAUUUUGAAAAGCUACUAACAAAAGUCUGAAGAAUAAAUUAGUUAAUAUCAGUGCACAAAAGUAUAAUUCUUCAUACAAUAUUAAAGGUUUCUCGUUCUUCAUUUUCAAUAUGCGUUCAUUUGAAUAUUGGAUAUUAUUGGUUCAUAUUACGUCAGGCACGUGGUUUAUACACGUAAUUUGAAGACUAUUAUAUCAUUAAUGAAAAAUUUAUCGUUUUGUGUAAUAUACGUAAUUUAUUGUUUAUGUUAUACGUAUUUUUUUAGAAAACAUAUACAUCUUGACAGAAUUUACAUCUACAGUGAUAAAUUAGACGCUUAAAAUAUGAUAAAAACACACACGUCUAUUGAAAAGUUAAUAUAUGAGCUUACGAUCUCUAUGUAAAGCAAAGCAUUUAGAUAUAUUUCUCAGAUGUGUCUCAGAUUGCUUCAUUUCGUCUCCUUUCUUUAUAUUUUUUUUGAUAUUUGUGACAAUUGAUCUAUUUUGGCACAUACAGUCGUAGUCUAACAGUCGUAUAUAGUAAAAUAGUAAGGAUUGUAAUUUGGAAUGUAAUUAAGUCAGUUUUUAAGAAUUUAUGAUGAUUACGAGAAACUUCUUGGAUUUGUACUAAUAGUCGUUACUUGAAACUUGUUUCAAGUGAGAUAUUCAGAUUUGAAUUUAGAGUUUUUUAGUUGACUCGUAAUUCUAAAUAUAAUGGUUGCGUUCAGCAGAGAAAAUUGCUUUCUGUUAUAAAUUCUGUCUCAUCUGUUAUAAAAUUCGUGAAUAUGAUUGGUAUAUACUCUUGAUCUGAAUUUAAGGAGUAUGGCCACAGUAGCGGGCCUAAAAAUAUCAGUAAAUUUAAUUUUUUUCAGUAUAAAAAAUAAUUUAAUAUAAAAUCAAAUUGAAGUAUUAUUUACGACAUAUCUUAAACUAAUUUUUUUGUACUUAAAUUCUUCUGUAUUUUUUCGAUUUAAAAUGGCAGCGCUAUCGUUGACGAAACCUAAUACGAUUUGGAGGUGCUCCGGGGCCUGACAUUUAGCGCCCACAUGUAUUGACUUAGAACAAAAAUUAAAAUUUCUUUUUAAUUUACAUUAAAAUGCCUAGAGAAAUACGUGGGGGUUUUGAAAAUAUUGAUUUUUUCAGAAAUGGUAGGCAUUUAAAGUCAUAGUUGUAUUUUUUGCUAAAAAAUAUCGUGAAAACUGUUCAUAAAAUAAAAAGUUUUUUAUAUAUCGAAAAACCCCUACGUAAUUCUCUGCGGUAUCUAACAAGUUGCUGCUAAUGUAAAGUUAUUCGAAUAAAAAUUAUUGAAGUUAUGUGUCAGGCCAACUUGAAAAACGUUGUUUUAAAUAAAACACGUUUAAAGUUUUAAGUGCUGUUAAAACUUAAAAUUGUGACUUUAAAAUUUUUUUACCAUUACUCCGCAAUACCAACACCAUAAAACUGCUCCUUUGUGGCAAAAUUUUUUCCUGUUCUUCUUUUCUUAAAAAUCUUAAGCUCGAGCUGCUUUACAUCUGUUAUAAAGACUUAUAAUCUGUUUAUAACAGAUGUAAAAUCUCGAGCUCAUCCUUCGCCGCGUCCGACAGCGAGCGCUCGGCCUGCGCUACGCGCAGUUGAUCGACCUCAACGCAGAAAUUACAACAAUUAGGGCUUAUUGUGAUGCCCAAAACUUUCAUAGCUUCUAUGAUGUUGUUUAGAUCAUCGUUGAAGGCGCAUACAGCUAAAUCGGUAGCUAUAUCCAAAGUCUUUUUGCUGCUCGAACUGUUCUUCGGUGUCAGGCUCCAUUGAAUUAAAAUUUUCCAUAAUUCCACAAUUGAAUUGAAAUUUUCGUUGCUAUUUUGGGUGUAACACCCUAAACAACGAGUAAGCAGUUCAUCUUUACUCAAUUCGCGCCAUGAUAUGCUUGGUGGCGCUGUAUCGUACCUUACGGUGUUCGUUCUAACUUUGUUAAAAAAUUUUGUUUCGUUAUAAAUCGAAUUGCAACUUAUUUUUACGACGAUAAGAUACCGUCUAAACAAAAAAAAUUUUCGCUUUUUUGAAAAUUCUACCGUAGCCAAAGCUCUUAAGAGUAUAUAUACCAAUCAGAUUCAUGAAUUUUACAACAGUACAAUAUAUGAUUCGAUUAUAAACUUAAGAUUGAAUUCUAAAUUCAAAUCUGAGUGUUUCACAUGAAUUACAAGUUUCAAGUAACGACUAUUAAUAUGAGCCAAGAUCAUUUAAUAGAGUAUAGAGAAUUCUACGAAGUUUUGUCCUAAAUGUCAAUGAAUGUCAAUUAUUACAGUUUUACAUUAGUUUUCCGAUGUUCUAAUGUUCAGUAUGCUCGCAACUGUCUUAAUGAACAAUUGAACAAAAAUAUGAAAAAAUAAUUGGACAAAAAUAUGAAAAUUAAGUGCUUUUAGUAAUUAUGGUUCUCACAAAGUUGUUUAAAUUUAUAAAUGAUAUAUCGAUUUAAGGCGUUAUAUAUAUACCCACACAGUUAGACAUGCACAUCAACAUUUCCUCGCUGCAUUAUUUUUACUGUAUUUUCUAAAUACAUUACUUUCUUAUAUUUAUUUGUUUUUGUUUAGAACAGAUAUAUCUUGAAUGAUAGAUAUAUCGUGUGUAGAGAUUUAUUCCAAUUUUCAAUGUUUCAAUUUUAGUAUAAGAUAGAUUCAUCAUUUCAAUGAAGCAAAAGCAUUUCAAUUUCUUGAGCAAAAACAUAUCGAAUGUUAUAUGAUUUAUUUAUAUAAAAAUACGAAAGGAGAAAGAUAUUCCAAACAGUUCCAAAUACUCAUUGUGUUAAUUCCUAUUAAUUUGUUUGGUUUUUUCUGUUUGAUUAAAUAACGUAAUAAUACUUCAUUACAUGUUUUUUUUUGUUAUUUCUAUAUCAGUUUGGUUACUAUAUGUUUCAUAAUUAGAGUCAAAUUCGGAGAUGAUUGGGGAGACAAAAAAUGGUUGAAAUUUACGAAAUUAAGAUAGAUAAGAGGAAAUAUAACAAGGGACUAUUAUUGCCAAAGACAUUGGAUAUUUGGCGGAAUUGGAAGAUCAAUGAAUCGAUAAUUUAUUGAAUCUGUGAACAUAAUAACUUUACUGACAUAGUACUAGAUGUUAUAAAAAAGUGGAUAAAACCAGGAACAAUGGUCGGAUUGUUGGAAAUCUUAUUUAAGUAUUUGUCAAAUACAAGCUACAUUCAUGUGGCAAUCAAUUACAAAAUAUAUUUUCAAUUCUAUAAGAAGUGUAAUACAUAAUAUAUCUGGUGUGAAACAUAAAUAUUUCUUGUUAUUAAACGCGAAAAGAACACUAUGGGAUAGACACUAUUUAGCAUAUUUAGCUGAAUUUUUGUUUAAUUGAUGUUUGAUUGGAUUCUGGAUUUCUUCAAUAUUAUGUCACGAUAAUAUAUCAAAUAUCUGAAGACAAUAGCAACAAAUAAAUAUUUAACAAUAAUUAUUUAACAAUAAUUUUCUGAAAUUAUUUGUUACUUUCGUUUAUUUCUUUUUGAAUUACUUGUUAUUUUUAUUUAUUAACUUAUUAAAUUUUUUUUGUUUAAACGGUAUCUUAUCUUCGUAAAAAUAAGUUGCAAUUCAAUUUAUAACGAAAAACUUGUUAAAAACUUGUCUUAUUUAUUAUGUUUUUAUUAUAAUUGACUUUCUUAUUAUAAUAAGGAUGUAUCGAUCUUGGUAAUAAUGUAUGAUAAUGUCCAAUAUCUGAAAACAACAAUAACAAAUAAAUAGCUGUAACUGUAAUAUUUUAGGAUUUUAUUUUUUUUUACUCUCUAGGAUAAUCUUGACCUUGACAUAUACUGUUAAUGUCAUAGUCUUCAAUAAUUUGCAAAUAAUGUUUAAUAACUUUUUAAUAAACAACGAGCAAAUUUUUAUUUUGUGUCAAGAACAUUCAGUAACCUUCACUUUCCAACAUGCUUCAAGGUCAUUGGAAUCAAUAAGGUCGGUCUUAUUCUGUAUAAUUAUCUUUUUUAAUGUUCAAUACGCAACUGAUAUCCAAUGAGAGAGAUAACUUAUUUUUUUUAAUUAUUUAAAAUUGUAUCUUAGAGAAUUUUACAAAUUCUAAUAUUUUGAAGAUAACUUAUCUUUUGAUAUUUAUAAAAAAAAUGUAUUUUUCUAUUGAACGCUGAUUGUGUUCUAAAUUCCCCCAAAAAAGGCGUGGAAAAAGCGUGUUCAAACCGUAUUAAAUCCGAAUAUACGCGAAUGUAGAACAUGGAAUUUUCAAACGUGGAUACUUGAGUUAAAAAAAAGAAGAUCGCCGAAAACCGCUACAAAUUUCCGGCUCGAUAGUCCUUGGCUGAGAGAGGGGAGGGAUAGAUUCGUUCCGGAGCGGCACGCUCCGCGAAAAUGAAACUUCGCGAAGUCACGUCCGCGGCUAAUCUCACCGAUAUUUCGCGCACGAUCGCAGCUCAGUUGGAGCCGCCUCGGGUAGGCGCAGUUAUUUAUAAGCGAGCACACCGCGUGUCGCGACGCUCGUGUGAUCGUUAUCAUCGCGAUCGACAUCUGGCUGGCGUCGCCGUAGCUUCUCAUUUCCGUUCUGAGGAAAAAUCAACGCCCGGAACGUUUGAUAGGCGAGGAAGAAAAAAAAAAAUACAAAACGGGAGGUGGCGUAAGACAGAAAGGAAGAAAGGUAACGAACGAACGGACGGGCUUGCGGAAAAAAAGUGUGUCUGUGCGUGUGUGAGAGGGAGAGAGCGAAAGUGAGCGAAAGGGAGAAAGAGAGAAAGGCGAGAAGGGAAAGGUAAGCGGAUAAGGAAACAACGUCGAGGGAGUUCGCUCUCCGUAGAGAUGGUAGCUUUAUUGGCACAUACGAGCGAUCGCGAGCGGUUUAACAUCGGGUGGCAUCGAUUGGUUUAAAUGUUGUCCACACUCUCAAGCACCUUUACGCAUCUAUGGCACGCACGAUGAGCACCUCCGAUUACCUCCACACGUCGCCAGCACUCUGUUGAAUAUAUGUCCUGAGAAAAAAAAGUAAAAAAAGAAAUUUAAAAAAGCGAUAAAAAACCAAAACUACCAAAAUCUUUUUGUGUUCCUGGCACUUGAUAGGAUGUCGCACGUUAUUCUUUACUAACGACCUGAUUUCAGGACGGUCGGUACAGGAGACAUGUGCGCUUUAUCACGAAGAGAAUAAGCCAAGGUCGCGGCUACUAUCACGGACUACCAAAAGUGAAGCGUAUCGAUUUACAGGAGCGAGCAUAACGCAAUCGAGUGUCAAAUGUGAAUGAUACACCGUGCACUCGAAUUUGUUCUCGAUAAAGAUAGAAAGAGAAGGGGAGAGGGUAAAACGAAAAAAAGAAAGGAAGAAGGAGGAAGAGGGGGAUCUGUUCUUUCGGAGUCCUACGAUACAGAUCCUUGCUCCCAGUGAGGACAUGCUAGGAAAUCACGGUCGAUACAGUUACACGCGUAGCACAUUUUUGCGUUUUCUAUGCAAUAAUAGCCACUGUGUCGAAAUUAUAUUACGCCGUCGCUCGUGAUUUUUUAUCAAGCUUAUCCUCCCGCCUCCCCUUCUUCGCCCUCACGGUAUCAAUCGACCGCCCCCGUACCUCCUGCCCACCUGCGUACUCAGCCGCACACGUACACACAUAACACGCAGGUAGGCACACACAUGUAUAGAAAUAUACACACACACACAUAUACACGUACACAGACGUAGACACACUCUAUCCUCAGCUUCCCAGUGUACCGCGCGUUCAAACGAAAAGUCGGCCUAACCCCGAAUCGCUACAAACGUGCCUUUAGACUGGCAGUGAGUAGUAAGCAGCUAAAGCGUGUGUGUACAAGAAAACAAAAAAAGCAUCGUUGCUGUUCAUGUAGGUCAAUUAUAAUACCACACCCAGCCGUAUAAUUGAAUACGACAAAAGCGGUGGUGGUGGUGGUGGUAGCGUUGAUGGUAAUAGAGAAGCGAAAACGAGAGAAAAAAAUAUAUAUACGUAGAUAUUUACAUAUAUAUACAUAAAUAACAAGAGAGAGAGAAAAAACUUAGAGAGAAAGAGAGAGAGAGAAAAAUCUUAGAUAGAAAAAGAGAGAGGGAAAAGGCUGGAAAGGGUGAAGGUAGAGGAAAAGAAAGGGGGAGAAAUAGAGAUAGAGAGAGAAAGGAAAAAAAAGAGGGAAAAAAGCAAAAGGGAAAGAGAAAAACAGAGGAGAGCAAUUGUGAAAUGCGAAAAAAAAACAUGGCGGUCUGCAUGUUCUGGCUUCUCACUUACGUGGGACAGGGGCUGGAUCUGGCGGUAGGCAAUCGACAAACUAUCAUAGUGCAGGGCACACAGGGACUGGACUACCGUCAUGGAAGUAAUAGCAUUAGAAAGAAGAGCGAGCCGAACUCGAUAGGUAGCAACCUGUUGCAGUUCAGGAUAUAUCCUUCCGAAGGCUCCCACCGGGACGACCUGUCGAAUUGGCUGGUCUUCAACGACGAACCGCGGAUAUCUUCGUGGUCUCCGGCGGGCAUACUGAUCGACGACAUGGUGAAAGAGCCGCGCGAACUCCAGUCGGUGUUCUUCGCCUUGUCACCCGCCGUCCUGAACGUCCUCUACUCCGAUUACAUGACGUCGCAGACGUCCGCGCACGCGGUCGCCGUGGAGCCUGUCCUUCACGACGACAGCAAUCCGCACCUCCAUGGUGGCCGGCCGCAGCAUCAACGCGCCAAGAAGCGCCUGCUGGGCUGCAGACAUCCCACGAAAGGCACGCUCAGUCUACCGAUAUUGGUAUGCGACGGCAAGAAGAACACGGCGGCGGCAGCAGCUACGACGAUUCUUCAGGACCCAUCCAGACAAUCGAACUACCAUGACGAUCUCUAUGAGCAGAGAUUUAACACUGCGACGAGUACGAAGACUGAUCUCGCGCGCGCUGAAGGCAUAUCCCAUGAGCUACCAAACGGCGGCUUCGUCCCGAGGGCACUUGUCUACGAGGCCAACAAGUUACCCGGCAAACGGAAUCAAAUCUCAGUAGGACGGCGCUCGGCCGAUACGCAGGCCGAAUCCCCGGAACAACAGGCUCAAUCGUCUGCGACGUCUUCGGUGGCCUCAGCCGGCGCCAGCAUCGCCUCGCAGUUCAUGAUGAGAUCCAUCAGGGGAAGCAUACAGUAUGACGUACCGCAAAUCGAAUGUCCUAUCUCCGAAGAUGGAAUGGAGAGAUUCGCUUGUCCAACCCCGGAUAGAAUGGGUCGAUAUCAUUGCAUCGACGAUCAUGUCCUGUGCGACGGUUUUAUUGACUGUCCCUCAGCCGAGGAUGAGGACAGACAAUCCUGCAUGUUUUACAAAACCACGAAAGCGCAUCUGGACGUAUUAGCGGACGCCAUACUACGAUGGGCGAGAGGACGCUAAACUUUGUUGACGAUGAAUCUUCAAGUUGUACAUAAAAUCACAAGUCUGAUACGUCUACUUCUUUAUAUAUUCAUCGAUAUUCCUUUUCUCCUACAUUAUAUCUAUUUUCCGGAAACUGUUUUCGCUCUAUGUUUGGCGCAUAGAGACGUUCAUAUUGAAAUCAAACUCAGGGGAAUGUUAAGAUGAACCGUCUCUUCUCUCUCUUUCCCUCCCUCCUUCCCACCCUUCCUCGCCCUGUAUCUCUUUCUACCUCUUUCUAAUCUCUUGCUCUACCCACCUCCCCUUUUUCUCCUAUCUUCUCUCUCUCUCUCUCUCUCUCUCUCUCUCUCUCUCUCUCUCUCUCUCUUCCCCAAAAGUGAAUAUGACCGCUCGAAUUAAUCUCCGAGGGGACACGACAUGGUCCUAACUACACUAAAAAAAAAACAAAAAAAUCGGUUAGCAAGGUCUGUUGUAACCAAGAUAUCCUCACAUAAAGUACAAAUUAAGUCCGAACUUUUAGGAUGUUAUAAAUAAAGUUCGUAAGAGUUAUGACAUUUUAACGCCGCCCUGCACGGCGCGCGAGAGUAUCCGACUUGGAUGAUUUCAGUUCUAUAAGUACUUACCGCUGUACCACACAGAUGAUGAUAAUGAUGCAGAUGACGAUGAUGAUGAUGAUGAUAAUGUAUUACGAUUUCAUAUUGAGCGAUUUCCGCGAGAUCGUACUAACUCUCUAACGACUUUAUUUUGGUACAAUAAAGUAAUUUUGAAGACUGAGAACUAUUUACUUCAUUCCCAAGAGUGAAAAUAACGCGGCUUCUUCACCGUCGCCGAUUCAGGGACGAAUACGAUCGUGUGUCGUUUUGGCGAAGAAUAAACUGCUCCAAGCACGCGUACCUAGAGACUUCCUCCUAGAGUACUUCCCGAGAGAAUGUAACGAAGAUGAAGAAUUGUACUCGCGUUUAAUCAAACAAUCGCUCCGGAGACGUCGACGCGUCGAGCGCACGUAAUUAGUAAGACAUCUACAUCGAUCUCGGGCUCUACUGGUGUCGCGUACCGUCACGAGACGACGUCUCCUUCGCCUUGUGCACGCUCUAUGUUGUUGUAUCAAUAUAUCUCUAGUAUUCAUUUCGAAUUAAUGGAAAAAGUAUGCCUGAAUAAUAAAAAAAAAAAAGAAAGAAAAACCGAGCGAACGCUUUCAACUAAAGUGGAAGUUGCGAGAAUAAUUAAUUGAUUAUUAGAAUAAUGAAUUAAUUGCGCUUCACCGAACCUGCUCUGAGCUAUCGAGUUAGGUGACACAGGGAUCUAUCGAAAGAGCAAUUCGCUGUUGUAUAUUUGCGUUCUGCGGCAUUUAUUUACAAGCCUUAAUCACACUUAUUCAAAGAUUCUUAAAUACAUGUAACAAUUAACUAUCGCUGUGAGAGUAACAAAAAUGAAUUUCUCCUAUGUUAAACCUUGACAUUCGAUGUUUGAGAAUUAUGACUUAGCGGUCAUAAUCGAUUUAACAUAAUAAUACAUACAUAUACCAAGUAUCACAGGCAGUUUUGUACUUUCAUUUUCCAUACCAAAUCAAACAUUCUCUCUAUUCGUCAAAAUAUUAAUACCUAAUACUAGAAAAGUACGUUUUACAAUUGACGAUUUACAAUAAACGAUUAAAUAAAAAAAUAUAUACUCUUUGAAUAUCGGGCAUAAGACACUUAGAAAACUAUAUUCUCUCUUAUAUUAGAGGCUCUACUUUUGUAAAAUAAAUUAUAUCGAGAGAAUUUAUUACGAGUGACAUACAAAUGUUUCAAGUAGUACAUGAGAAAACUUGUAUGUCAAAUAAUAAAUUUUAAUAACAUCAUUGAUAAUAUCAUUAGCACUCUGCUAUCGUCAUACUGUUUGAGAAAUUUAUAUAUUUUGUUUCUCUAUCUGAAUUAUUUUUCGAAAAUUAUAUUAUAUGAUUAAAAAUUCUAAUAAUAUUAUAAUAAUUAUUACAUAUUAUUAUUAUUAUUCUCUUGUUAGUUUCUUAGAAAAUGAUUAACUUCGCAAAUUUCUUAAUGUCGGAAAGUUAAGCAUUAAUUUAGUAUUUUGGUAUUAAGUUUCCAAGAGGCUCAUUUAUCGUUGUGUGAUUUACUUAGUGAUGUCCACAAAUUGUUUACAAAUAUUCAGCCAUUCUUAUGUUCGACUUUGACAAUACCAUAUGUUAAAUUAUAUAUUCGAAUAUAACGGAAUCGAUUUCAUGAAACCUAAAUGUCCUACAUUUGACAGGUUUAUAAUAAAUAUUGAUCGCUCGUCCUAUAUCGCGACAUUGUCAAGAAGUAAGUCAUUCGUUUGCAAUCUGUGUGAAAUUAGCUCCGUAUUUUCUAAAUUGUGUAUUUUUAUUUAUGCGACAGUGUUAUGCAUUUGUGCCAUAAAUCCUAAUUCAGUAACAUAAAACACAUUACAGAAAAAAAAGAAUAUUUGCUAUCUCUGUAUAUUUAGAAUUUUGAGUUCUUUCUUAUUGUGCUGAUUUGAUCGCAAAGGUCAAUAAUCCAAAUAAUAUUGAAGAAAAUAAGCAAAAUUACAAUUAUACUUUCUCCAAAUUAACUGCACUUUUUUCUAUAGAGUAUUUAAUUUAUGUUGCGUUAUGCCAUUAGAAUCUCGAUCUUUUUUUAUGUAGUUAAUAGGAAAAAUCAUAUAACAAAUAUAGAAUAAUAAAUCUUACAAUGCUUAAAAUAUAGAAUAAUAAAUCUUACAAUUUACUAAAUUUCUACAAGUUGUACUGUGUUAUAUUAUGCUGAAAAAUAGAAAAAAAAAUUAAAGUUUUAUAAAAAAAAAAAGAUAAUAAAUAUAUUUUAAAAGUUGACCAAUUCUUGAGAUUGAGGGUGAUAUUAAAAUUCAAUAUUUUUUAAUUCUCUCUAAUGUUGUGUUGGAUUAUGUUUUAAGAGUUUACAAAUUUGUUUUAAUGAAAUGUCGCCGAAAUAUUGUUCUUUGCAACAGAAUUGGUUGUACAAUUUAAAAUUAGCAAUACAAUAUGAGCACAAUGAAUACGAAUGAUGUAUGAUCAUAUAUCAUUUUUUAUUUUUACGAAUCCUAGUGGUGACAUUUUAUAGAAAAACAUAAUUAGGAGAAAUAAUUAUUUAUUUAUUUUUUAUUUAUUUAGUAUUUGUUUAAAAAAAAAUGGAAGAUACUAAGAUUAUCCAAAAUAUAACGCGGCACGAGUGAGUACUAAUCUAUAAAAAAAUAUAUGUAUCUAUAUAAGUUUAAUUGAGGAAAAGUAUAAAAUUAGAAUAAUUGUGUUUAUUUUCUUGAAUAUUGUCUAAGUUAUUGGAUUCGUAUGUUUAUGAUACAAGUUAAAACAAUACAAUAUACAGCACAAUACAACACAAUGAUGAUAUAAUGACCUCUAAAUUCGUGAAAUAUACAGUUAGCAAAAAUUGUUUCUUUUUCAAUAACGUUUUAAGUUACUAAGAACAACAUAACAUAUAACACAAUGCCCAUUUGAUAAGAAAUAAUUAGUAUAUAUAAAGUAUAGAGAGUUUAUACACAAAAAAUAUCAUUAAUAAAAAUACGAAAUUGAAAAAAAAUUCGCGAUUAAUUUCAUACAGGCUUUUUUGCAACGAUAUUCUUUGCGCCAUGACAUUUCGCAGUUAACAUGUGCAUUCGAGCAUUCUUUUUCUCGAGUUUAUUGCAAAAUACUAUUGUGGGUCAGUGUAGGCAAAUACUUUUGUGUUUACAAUCCUGGCAUUGACAUAUACUGUCUUUUACAUAUAGUGGUAUUUUGUGGACAUUGGUACCGUUAUCCAAAGCAAAAUAUUUUGCAGGUUGAAUAUAAUUCUGUAAGCAUAUUAUGCGUUGAUGAUCAUCAAUCUGUUGUGGGUACGUAUCAUGAUUUGGUAUCAACGGUAAUAUUCGUGUGUGUCCCAUGUUGGUUGGUAGACUAACGUAAUUAUUUGCGAUACUACUGUAAUGCACCGGCAAAUACGAAUAUCCGGGUGUCACUGUUGUUCGUAUUGUUGUGUCUGCGCUAUUCUGAUGUGCUUGUGAAAUGUUAUAUUCGUGCGAGCAAUUAGGAUAAUUGUGAUAAAUAUGUUUUUCUUCGCAGCAAUUUGAGUUUUGACUUGUACAGUGUCUUUGUUUCGCAGGUUCUAUGUUGAGGUUGGAAGGGCCAGCAUUUUGUGAACAGCACAACUGUGAAGGCUGCUGGUUAAACAAGUCAUACCAAUUUGAAGAAGUAGGAAUGUAUCUAUCCGUGGAUAAAUUUCCAGCUACUUUCCGCGGUAGAUGUCCAGUCUCGAUAAAUGCAGCCGCUGAAGACAAAACUUCAAGAGGAUUUUGCGAACGCACACGGUUGCGGAAUUGAACAGCUUCGUGUUCUCUGCUCGAAACAUCAUUGUACGGAUUAGCAGAUUCUCUGGAUUUUUUCGGCUGUUUAUUUCGAGAUUCUAGUUCUUUUAAUCGAUAAAGUUGUCGGUUAACUGUGCUAGGCGUCGGAAGAUUUUGGAACAUGUUCACAAAAUCUGUCUCACAAAACUUUUUGCUAGGUGAUCCGGAUAUAUCUAUUUCUUUUGAAUAUUUUUGAAAUAUAUUAUUCGAUAUAUUACAGUCAACAAUAAUUUCUUUGUCAUCGAGCUGCGUUGGCAGCUCUUCACGUGGUGUAGUUGUUAAAAAUCGUUUUUUCAGUGGCAAUUUAGAAUUAUUAUUAUGGACGUUUGUGAUAUCGGAACAUUUUUCGUCGCGCCAUAAAUUCGAAUUUAUGGACAAUAUCCGGUCAAUGCUGAAAUUGAGGCCCUUUUUAUUAUGUUGAUUACUUUUUGAAGGAUAGCUCAUAGCGUUUUGAUUCUUCAAAAAUAAGGCGGUUGAUGACAGUAUAUCCCUAGAGGAUGUGCAAGCCUGAUAUCCCGAUAUAGAUGAUGACAUGAAUGAUUUUGAAUUUGGCGAUUCUUCGACUGUUUCAUUAUGCUGUGUAUGUUCUGUUUGAAGAGAAACUAAAAUCUUUUUUAGCUUUCUUUGCGCCACCGAAAGAGGACCUAAAACCACAAUAAGUGACAACGAUUAAUGAAUUAUUAAUGGAGCGAAUAAUGUAUAACAAUUAUAUUGUAUACAAUUAUAAUGCAACUAUAUGUAACUAUUUUAUAUGUAACUUACUUUCUACAUUUUUCAGCACAUUUUUAUAUUCGUCACACACUCUUGCGCAUAGUUUUGUGUAACUAUUAUAAAGACUCUGAUUGUAAGAUGUAA